UCAAAAAUCUUACAUUACCAAAUUUAGAGAAAAAAAAACACUUCACUUCCCCAGUCAAAAAUGUCGAUUCCCGCAGAACCAUUUCGUAUAUCGUCGGAAUAUCCCGGCAACGGAGGACCCUCUCGCCAGCAACAUGAUCCGAUAGCCUUGGCCGCCGAUUUACGUGUCCCACUCCAAAACCUCUCGACGGUGAAACGUAGAAUGGAUUCACUACAAGAUUUCCUAUCUCUAUCGGUUAACACCAACACUUUGAUCUCCAAAGAUCAAAUGGACCUCGUUUCCUCCGAAAUCGCCGACGCUGUACACCAAAUCAUCACCAACAGUGCCGCUCUCCUCUCUUGUGCCCAAAAAACUCAUUGCCGGAAUUCGAAUCCGACUCCGGAACUGAAACCGGAGUUCGAAGAUUCCGAUGAAGGAGAAUCCGACGUAAUCGAGGUAGACGCCGUCGAAUUGCUUUCGGAACAUUUACAUUUCUGCGAAAUUUGCCGGAAAAGUUUCAAACGUGACGCGAAUCUACGUAUGCAUAUGAGGGCUCACGGAGAUCAGUACAAAACUCCGGAAGCGUUGGCAAGGAAAUCCGAGAAUAAUUCGGACGUGAUGAAUCCGGGUCGAAAAACCCGGUUUUCGUGCCCGUACGAGGGGUGUAAUAGGAACAAGAAACACCACAAGUUUAGGUCACUGAAAUCGGUCAUUUGUGUAAGGAAUCAUUUCAAGAGAAGCCAUUGCCCGAAAAUGUAUCGUUGCAAUAGGUGUCAUAAGAAGAGUUUCUCGAUUCUGGUGGAUUUGAAGGUUCAUUUGAAGCACUGUGGCGGAAAGGAAGAGAUUAAGAAGUGGAAGUGUAGUUGUGGGAAUGGGUUUUCUAGGAAAGAUAAGCUUUUCCGACAUAUAUCAUUGUUUGAAGGGCAUAUGCCGGCGAUGGUGGCCGAGGAGGAUCGGAAGCUAAAAGGAAUAGUCGCAAUGGAGGAAGAUGAACAAAAGAAAGCUUGUUUGGAAGAUGGGUUAUUUGAUGAUUGGCUUAAUGGGUUUGAUUCUCUUGAGAAUUAUUGUUUGCAAGAUAUGUUGGAAUCAUGGUAGUUGGUACAGAAUUACUGAUUG